AAUCGACGCCGGUGUAUUUAUUCCAUCUUUUGGCCGUAGCCAGCCCAUGUUCCUAUGAUGGAGGAAACGCCUCAAAAGAUCCAGUUCUCACCGUUCCUAGCCGCCCUGAUCGUGAUCGUAACGGCCGCUAUCCUGCUCAUCUUCUACCAUUGCUUAGGCUGCAAUCAUCGCGGCCCACCACGUGGCCCACACAACCAGCAGUUCGCACCGGCCGAAGAACAAACGAGCGGCUUACAGGCGUCGAUCAUACAUCUCAUCCCCGCAUACACGUACGGCGAGGAAGGUCUGGCCAGCAAAGGCGACGAUGGCACGUGUGCGGUGUGCUUGUCUGAGUUCAAGGACGGUGAGUCGCUACGAUUGUUGCCGGAGUGCAUGCACUCAUUCCACGUACCUUGUAUUGAUACAUGGCUCGAAUCGCACUCCAAUUGCCCGCUUUGCCGGACUGACAUGACGCCGUCGCCGUCGCCGUCGUGAUGGGAGGGGGUGCACCGGAUCUGGUAGGUUGCAGGACUUUGGAGGUUGAUAUUUGAAUUGGUAGGGAGGGUGGACUGGCAUGAGGAGGUGACGGAGUCAGGUUCCUCUACAAACAUUUGUAGAUAAGCUUAUUCUACAACAUGCUUUGUGGGGCCCACCAUUAUGAUUUAUUGACAUCUAAUCCGUCCAUCAUGUGAAUCACAUCAAUUUAUCGUUGGAAAUAAAAAAAUUAUUGGGAUUAAAAAAUCGGUUGGGCCACAGUAUGUGAACUCAUGAAUUAAAUGUCUAAAAUUAUGUGGUCUGGUCUACCUGAGUUGGUCUGAUGUUGUUCAUUCAUCCUUGCGGGGUCACAUAUUAUGAAUGGAUUGGAUGGCAUAUAUAAAACACAGUGGGCCCACGGACAAUUUGCUGGUUUCAAUGGUGGGUGUCCCACCCAAUAAUUUACCUUGGUAUGGCCUAUUUACAUUCUCUAUUAGGCUGAUUUUUGAGAAGUGAGAUAAUGUUGAAAGGCCUAACAUUUUGGACGGAUUGGAUAUCAUUUAAUCAUCACCAUGGGCCCCACAUACCACCUUGUAGUAUAAGCUUAUUCUACAAACGUUGCGGAGGAACCGGCCUCAAAGGGUGUUUCUAUAAUUCUCAUAGAUGUUGUACAUGGAUGUAUGGUUUUGGUGUAUAUGAAAUUGGUUAUGAUCCAUUGAUUAGCUUUGAAAUCUUGUACUAUAAUUCUUG